GUUAAAUAUAGGGAAACGGUUGGUUGGAUUUUGCUGUUUGUAAACUGAAUUAUAAGGAUGUCCGACUUUUUGCAGUUCGAUAUAGAUUUUUACCAAUCAAACUAUGAUGCCGACCGUCAAGAGGAAAGUUCUGCCAGGCCUGAAGACUCUGGAAAAAAAUUCCAGCCAGGUCCUUGGCCCCAAUCCAAUUCUUCUCAACUGCUUGAAGGUCAGAUCUUUCAACCCGCAGGUGCUUCCCCGUUUCCAUCCAACGAGACGUAUUCCGAUCGUUUCGAGGAAGAGCCACCGUUGCUUGAAGAGCUGGGAAUCAACUUCCACCACAUUUGGCAAAAAACAUUAACCGUGCUAAACCCCAUGAAACCGGCUGAAGCCAGCAUUAUGAAUGAGACAGACCUGGCUGGGCCUUUGGUUUUCUGCUUGGCCCUGGGGUCAACGUGGCUCUUGGCAGGAAAAGUCCAUUUUGGCUAUGUGUACGGGACCAGUGUGAUCGGCUGCCUAGCGAUUCACGCUUUGUUGAACCUGAUGAGCGUUGUGGGAGUUUCCCACGGGUGCGUCGCAAGUGUGCUAGGCUACAGUCUGCUGCCCAUGGUGAUCUUGUCCACCUGUGCUGUAUUUUUCUCCUUACAAGGAGUCCUUGGGACGCUGGUGGCCCUGAUCGUUAUUGGAUGGUGCAGCCUCUCAGCCUCCAAAAUCUUCGCUUCCACUUUGGCUAUGGAAGGGCAGCAGAUCUUGGUGGCUUAUCCUUGUGGUUUAGUCUAUGGCCUUCUGGCCCUCAUCACCAUUUUCUGAGCUUUGUUAUCAUAGCCAGAAGUUUUUUUCCUUCCUCUACUGCAGUGGUGGGGAACUACGUCGCUUCGAUGACUUGUGGACUUCAACUCCCAGAAUUCCUGAGCCAACCUGGCUGCCAUCACCGCCUUACCAUCCAGGGGUGGUAUAUCAUUUACUUUCCCUAAAAAGGUAAAGGUGAAGGUUCCCCUCGCACAUACGUGCUAGUCAUUCCUGACUCUAGGGGGCGGUGCUCAUCUCUGUUUCAAAGCCGAAGAGCCAGCGCUGUCCGAAGUCGUCUCCAUGGUCAUGUGGCCGGCAUGACUCAAUGCCAAAGGCACACGGAACGCUGUUACCUUCACACCAAAGAUGGUCCCUAUUUUUCUACUUGCAUUUUUAACCUGCUUUCGAACUGCUAGGUUGGCAGAAGCUGGGACAAGGAACGGGAGCUCAGCCCGUUACGUGGCAGCACCAGGGAUUCGAACCGCUGAACUGCCGACCUUUCAAUCAAUAAGCUCAGCGUCUUUAGCCACUGAACCACUACAUCCUUACCAGUUCGUAAAUGUGAGCACCUGCACAUGUGCCCAGCCUUCCGCGUAUGUGCUUUGCUGGCGCGUGUGCCUUUCUGCGCAUGGGCCUGGCCUCAAAAAUGUGCCUAAAUAGGAUAGCAUAGAGCUGAGGCGGACGGGCGGGCCAACCAGCGAUUUCCACUACCGGUUCCGGCAAACUGGUCCAAACCAGCUGAAUGCCACCUGUGGUGUCAUCAAUCUGCUGAACACUUAAUUCCCACAGCACUGUCUCGUUUCUCAUCUUUUCUCAUCCUCCCAUCUUUCUUAGUAACUUCUCCCAUUGGUUUCUUAUGAUUUAUCCAUUGUGGUUUGUAACUGAUUUAUAACCUAUGACCAAUCACUUGCUGUUCGUAGGUCUAUGGAGAUUCUCCGUCAUCCAGGUCACGGUUGUCCCGAAGGUACUGUCCCCCCCGCCCCCGCCCCAAAAGAGGCAACUAAACUUUCUGUUGUUGUUUUUUUCCUUUUGAAGUCGUUUCGCUUCUCAUCCAAGAAGCUGAAGAAGACCUGAAGAAGCUUCUUGGAUGAGAAGCGAAAUGUCUUCAAAGAAAACCGAGGAAGUCCAGUUGCCGUUUAUACAUAUACUGAGAGCUUAUGCACUGGAGACAAAUUCCUUGGGUGUCCAAUCACUUGGCCAAUACAGAAUUCUGUUCUGUUCUGUUCUGUUCUGUUCUGUCCUGUCCUGUCCUACUUUACCCUACCCUACCCUACCCUACCUUACCCUACCCUACCCUAUCCUAUCCUUCUCUACCUACCCUACGCUAUGCUACCCUAGCUUACCCUACCCCUACCUUACUCUACCUUACUCUACCCUACCCUAUUCCUCCCUACUCUACCUUACUCUACCGUACCUCACUCUACCCUACCCUACCCUACCCUACCCUAGUUUACCCUACCUUAUCCAUCUCUACCCUACCCUAUGGUAUGCUACCCUAGCUUAGUCUACCCUACUCUACUCUACCUUACACUACUCCACCCUACACUACCUUACUUUACCCUACCUCAUCCUAUCCUUUUGGUUUGGGGAUUUUAAAAGUAUUUUUAGAUUG